AGUCGUGGCCGCUUGACUAAAGGGGGAUCCCGGCUCCCUUUUCAUCCUCUGCUCCCUUAGGAACAAGAGGAGUUUGCAUGCAAAAGGUGGUUUAUCCCGGCAAGCCAUGGAGGGACUUGCCUAAAGAGGAUCCAACAUAAUCAAAACAUUUUAGACAUUUUUCCCCCCUUUUUUUGCGUCAUCGUAACAUCUUCCCCAAAAAGUCAUCCUUCCCACCAUGGCUGAAAAGCUUGGACCAGCAGGGCUCAAGCCCACCAACAUCCGAACCGCUCCCUCCCUGCCCCCUGAGCCCAUCGACAUCAUCCGCACCAAAGCCCGCUCCCGUAGAGUCCGCCUUAAUGUCGGGGGUCUGAACCACGAGGUCCUGUGGCGGACUCUGGACCGGCUACCCAGGACCCGGCUCGGCAAGCUUCGAGACUGCAACACCCACGAGUCCCUGAUGGAAGUGUGCGAUGACUACAGCCUGAACGAAAAUGAGUACUUCUUCGAUCGCCACCCGGGGGCCUUUACCUCCAUUCUGAACUUUUACCGCACAGGCAAAUUACACAUGAUGGAGGAGAUGUGUGCCCUUUCAUUCGGCCAGGAGUUAGACUACUGGGGGAUUGACGAGAUCUACCUGGAGUCCUGCUGCCAGGCGCGCUACCACCAGAAAAAAGAGCAGAUGAAUGAGGAGCUGCGGAGGGAAGCAGAGACAAUGAGGGAGAGGGAGGGAGAGGGAGAGUUUGAUAACACCUGCUGCCCAGACAAGAGGAAGAAGCUGUGGGAUCUCCUGGAGAAGCCCAGCUCCUCGGUGGCUGCCAAGAUUUUAGCCAUCAUCUCGAUCCUGUUCAUCGUCCUCUCCACCAUAGCUCUGUCUCUCAACACCUUACCAGAGCUUCAGGUCACAGACGAGUUUGGCAACGCCAACGACAACCCCCAGCUCGCCCACGUAGAGGCUGUGUGUAUAGCCUGGUUCACCAUGGAGUACCUCCUUCGCUUCCUCUCCUCUCCUAAUAAGUGGAAGUUCUUUAAAGGCCCACUGAAUGUCAUUGACUUGCUGGCCAUCCUGCCCUACUAUGUCACCAUUUUCCUAACUGAAUCCAACAAGAGCGUCCUGCAGUUCCAAAAUGUGCGCCGUGUAGUGCAGAUAUUCAGGAUCAUGAGAAUAUUGAGGAUCCUGAAGUUGGCCAGGCACUCCACAGGGCUCCAGUCUCUAGGGUUUACUUUGAGAAGGAGCUACAAUGAACUGGGGCUGCUUAUUUUAUUUCUUGCCAUGGGCAUCAUGAUAUUUUCCAGCCUGGUGUUCUUUGCUGAAAAAGAUGAAGAUGCCACCAAAUUCACAAGUAUCCCUGCCUCAUUCUGGUGGGCAACCAUUACGAUGACAACAGUGGGCUACGGUGACAUUUACCCACAGACUUUACUUGGAAAAAUUGUGGGUGGGCUCUGCUGUAUUGCAGGAGUGCUGGUAAUCGCCCUGCCCAUCCCCAUUAUUGUCAACAACUUCUCUGAGUUCUACAAAGAGCAGAAGAGGCAGGAGAAGGCCAUCAAGAGGAGGGAGGCACUGGAGAGAGCCAAGAGGAAUGGCAGCAUUGUGUCAAUGAACCUAAAAGAUGCCUUUGCCCGCAGUAUGGAACUGAUGGAUGUAGUGGUGGAGAAAGGAGACAACAAAACUUCUCUGGACAACCACCUGUCACCGAGCCGCUGGGGCAGCUCCAGGCACGCCUCCUCAGAGACAAACCUGAAAUCUCCAGAUAAAAGAAACCUCGAGCCACAGAGCUCCCCUCACCGUAUCACCAUCACUACCACUGGAAGUCCCCAGCGGACAAACAGGACCCCGCAACACCUUAAUGCACAGAAACUGGAGGAGAUGUACAACCAGAUGACCAAGUCACAGUCUUUCACUAACCUCAACACUACGAGCUCCAUGAGCACUCUGAGCACAACCAUGACUGCCCCCGUCUCUCCGAAGAAAAGCCACAGCCCUGAUUUUACACUAAAAGAGGAGGUAGAGCUGGAGAUGAAAGAGGUCCAACCUUCCUCACCAGAUAACUUUGCGAGCUGCUCGGCAGACUUAAGAGAACAAGGUUCAGAUAAAGAAGAGGAAGGGCCCUGUAAAAUCAGACACCUCAGAGCACCACCCCCUCUGGAUCUCAGCCAACUAAGGGCCAUGGACGACAACUCUCCUGGCAUCAAACUCAAAGACGGCCUCUAUGAGUCCUACAACCCAGGUGAUGGAUCAGAGCUGCACAUAGAGGAAGGGGAGAGCUUUAACAGUGCUGUGGAUAAUGUCCAGAGCCCCCCCAUGGGUAACAACCCUCUUAAAAUAAAGGGGUUGCAGGUCAACUUCACCAAGACCUCAGCUGAAGGCCCGCUAACACCACCCAGCACUACCUCUCCUGGAGACAUCAGCUCCAGCAUCCUGGAGGACGAGUCCCCGGAGGGAGAGACAUCACCGCUCAUCCCCAGCACAGAGAAGCUGCUUCCAGUCACAGAGGAGGAGACCUCGCCACUGUCCCCAAAGAGGCUUGUUGUAGACACCCCACCCGGCGAUGAAGAUCCAGCCACAGAGAACCACGAGGAGAAGCAUCUGAUGGAAGUGGCGGGUGCUGCACCUUUGUCACCCAAGACAGCAGCACAAAAUUGUACCCAAGGUGUGGUCGGGGCAGGUGAGGAGGUCAAGGCUGACAGCAACCAAAGUGGACACAAAGUAGAGAACCACAUGUUUACAUCAGAUAUCCACCUGAUACCCGGGGACGGCAGCCUCUCUCCGACCUGUGAAACCAGCAUGUGA